CUGUCGCGAGAGUUGGUCGUUCCGGUGUCGGAAGCUGCUCAUAACUCCGGCCGAGGGGCGGGCUCGCUGCUGACGGCCUUUCAUCCGCUCUCCGCUACCUUAGCGGCGCAAGAUGGCCGAUAUCUCGCUGGACGAGCUCAUCCGGAAGCGCGGAACGGCGACCAAGGGACGGCUCAGUGUCAGACCAGGAAUUGGAGGCGUCCGAUCUCGAGUUGGGAUCCAGCAUAGUCUUCUUAGCCAACCAGCUCGCACAGCCACCUUCCAGCAAAGAUUUGACGCCCGGCAGAAGAUUGGCCUCUCAGAUGCUCGGCUCAAGCUGGGUGUCAAAGAUGCCCGGGAAAAGCUUUUGCAGAAAGAUGCCCGGUUUCGGAUCAAAGGAAAAGUACAGGAUGCCAGAGAGAUGCUGAACUCACGAAAGCAGCAGAACACUGUGCCCCAGAAGCCCCGCCAGGUGGCUGAUGCCCGGGAGAAGAUCAGCUUGAAGAGGAGAUCCCCUGCUACAUUCACAAGCCCGCCCAUUGGGACUGUGACCCCCGCUCUGAAACUCACCAAAACUAUUCAGGUUCCACAGCAAAAGGCCAUGGUGCCACUUCAUGCCCAUCCUGCUGGAAUGAGGAUCAAUGUUGUCAAUAACCACCAGGCCAAACAGAAUUUGUAUGACCUGGAUGAAGAUGAUGACAUUGUAGCACCCAUUCCUACUAAGCAGAUGAAGUUUGCAGCCCCGGGCAGCCUUAUUCACCACACGACUGGAAUGAGUAGUCCCAAGCUCUCCAUGUCCAAGACCCUCCCUCUCACAAAAGUGGUCCAGAACGAUGCCUACACCGCUCCUGUUCUCCCCUCCUCUGUUCGAACCAAAGCCUUGACCAACAUGUCCCGGACACUGGUGAACAAGGAGGAGCUUCCCAAAGAGCUGCCACCUGCCGAGCCUGUGCUUAGCCCCUUGGAAGGCACCAAGAUGACUGUGAAUAAUCUGCACCCGCGAGUCACAGAGGAGGACAUAGUUGAGCUUUUCUGUGUGUGUGGAGCUCUCAAGCGGGCUCGACUGGUCCAUCCUGGGGUAGCAGAGGUUGUUUUUGUGAAGAAGGAUGACGCCAUCACUGCUUAUAAGAAGUACAACAACCGAUGUCUGGAUGGGCAACCUAUGAAGUGCAACCUUCACAUGAAUGGGAAUGUCAUCACCUCAGACCAACCCAUCCUGCUGCGGUUGAGUGACAGCCCCUCAGUGAAAAAGGAAAGUGAGCUGCCGCGGAGGGGCAAUCCUGUCUCUUCCAACCCUCCUGCCGAAGUGGACCCUGACACCAUUCUCAGAGCACUCUUCAAGUCCUCGGGGGCCUCUGUGACCACACAACCCACAGAAUUCAAAAUUAAACUUUGAGGAGGGGAUCGAGGCAGUCAGAAACAGGGCAGAGGAGGGUGGCUCUGUUUCCCAAGGCAAAGUUGAGACCAACGGGCUGGGCCGUCGGACUGAAGCCCCCUGAGCAAGGGACAAGGUACCAGGGAGAGCUUCUUCGCUGGACGGGACCCACCUUUCUGUGUUGUUCUACACCUUGCCCUUCUGUGUGUUACGUUUCUGUAGUAGGUUUCCUCUCUCCUCCAUUCAUCACCAAGGUAGGCUGUGUUUGUCCGUGUGCCUCCCCUAUCCUCGGCCCCUAGCUGAUUUCUUCCCUAGAAAUGGUGCACUGUUUCCCUGGGUGGCCUUGUGGCCCCAUGGGACACAGUGCAGGAGCAUGUUGGAAAGUGCUUUUUUUUUUUUUUAAUGUUUUGUUCUCAAGAGUUUUCUUGUUCUGUUGAAGUUUUCAAACAAAACGAAAUGAAUGGGACCUCCUGCCAUUCUGUGGGCACUCAGUCAGCCAGGGGGCUGCAUCAGGUCACUGGCUUCUUGUGUUCUCACCACUGUCAUCUCCAGGACUGACUGCUAAUGUGCAGCCCUAUGACGGGCAGGUAGGGCAGCUGUGUUGCCUGCUCUUGGCUGCCUGUGCUGUUUUGGACAGUGUCCCAGAGUUCAUGGCCCCUUGUUAGUGUUGUGCCAAAGGCCCUGGCUCAGUUCUUUGAGCUUCCGUAUGGGAGUAAGGAAGGGACCUGUGCCUAUUAGCCCUCUUGGUUCUCACCUGAUAGGGCAGCAUCAAAGCCUGGCUUUGGUGCCAGUGCCAGCUGCAAGUUGGUUGAGCCUUUUUCCAGGUUCUACCCCGGGCUGCAGCACAGAGAACUUGGGGAAGACUGAUUGAAUCAAAGCCAUUGGCUGGCUCUGGCUCUGCUUUUCUGGCUUCGGCUAUCUACAGAACAGCAGUCAGGGUUGCCCAAAGUGCAGCUGCCACCAGGGCAUUUUCUCUGCUAGUGUAAGUGACCCACAUUGAUGAAUGGUCUGAGUAGAGCCAGGCUACAAAGCAAGCUGGUGGGUUACUGGGUAAAGUGUACUCCUACAUUGUUAGUGUAGGACUUAGGCAGGUGCCGAGUGUCAAGUAGCAGCAUUCCAGAGCUGGGCAGUAGUCCCCUGACAGUGGGGACAGAAGAUGCUAAGCUGUCAUAGCUGGAGCAGGAUUCUAAGGGCGCACAUUAUCAGUAGUGUGUGCUGUAAAGGGACAAGCUGAGGAAGGAAAGGAAGCUGAGGCAUGGUGACCCAUUCAGGGCUAGCCCAGGAAAGAGAACUUCAACUAAUUCUUCUUUCCUGAGUUAGAUCUGCCCAGCUGGAAGGGUGUUUUGAGUCAGAAUCAGCCCUUCAGCUCUGAGGUUGCCCAGCAAAGGAAUCCAGGAAUGACAUCUGGGGUGUCCACAUCUAAAGAAGCCUCCUUCUCUUAAACCCUUCUAGAUGGGUACAAACUUAACUCUUCUCAGAAACUGGAAGACAUUCCUCUGUGUUUACCCCUUCCUGGCCCAAGAGAACACCCCUAGACAAAAGGGCCUCACUUCUCUGCCACUGGGAACGGUUGGCAUGCUUUUUGCUUUGUAUAGAGGAGGGAUGGCUGAGGCCCUUCCUGUCCCCUACUCUCUUUGAGCCAGGCGUGCAGUGAUGGCACACUCAACUGAGUCAGCCUCACCCUCCUGGCCAUGUGGUACUUUGGGGAGUGGGGCGUUUACCCCUCCUGCAUUUCAGAAUGUCAUUUUGGGAAACAGAAAAGAAGAUGGGCCAACCCUCAUGUCCCCUGCUCCCUUCCAUUACUUCUUUGUGUCUUGUUUAGGAGAGAAAGGCAUUGUGGGAUGGAGGGGCUUGUUACUUUCCAUUUCUCAAUAAAUGUUUGUUAUUCCUAA